AAACAUGUUUCUUCCCUUUCCUGUUACUGAUUUUGGAGCCAUCUUGCUUUUGCAAGAGACCUGAUUAAUAGAUACUUCUUGCCAAUAUUCCAUUACUGAGGAGUCAGUACUGGGUCAGCUUAGCGGUAAACUUAAUUCAUUAAGGCAUUUCCUGGUGACAUUGCUUCACAUUUGCUUUUGAACUUGUACUGUAGUGGAACAGUGUCUGGAAAGGAGCUGGGAGUCUGGAAAACAGAGGGAUUUAAGGCAGCCCCAAAGGGAACACAUAUGUCUUCAAGUCUCUCCUUGCCCCUCCCUGUGCUCUUGAAGUGUUAGUUUGGCAAAGAAGGAAUUUCCCAAUUCAAGAACGAUGGCCUCGCAGGAGCAGGUCUGGCCAGUCCCAAUGAAGGCCAUUGGAGCACAAAACCUUUUGACAAUGCCUGGAGGAGUGACUAAAUCAGGGUAUCUUCAUAAAAAAGGAGGCACCCAGCUGCAGAUCUUGAAGUGGCCAUUGAGGUUUGUGAUUAUCCAUGAGGGAUGUAUUUACUAUUUCAAGAGCAGCACAUCUGCAUCUCCACAAGGUGCCUUUUCUUUGAAUGGUUACAACAGGGUUAUGCGGGCAGCUGAGGAGACGACAUCAAGCAAUGUGUUUCCUUUCAAGUUAGUUCACAUUAGCAAGAAGCACAGGACGUGGUUUUUCUCAGCUUCUUCUGAAGAUGAAAGAAAGAACUGGAUGCUAUCCCUGAGGAGGGAAAUUGAUCACUACCAUGAGAAGAAAGAAACAAUAACAGAAUUCAGUGACUCUGGUUCUGAUGCAGACAGUUUCUAUGGCUCCGUAGAACGUCCCAUUGAUAUCAAGUAUUCUCAUCAUUCAGCAGAUAAUGAAGAUUAUGACCAGGAGGAAGAGGAUGAAUCUUACUUGCAGCCAGAUACUUGUGACAUAGUGAAAGAUGAUAUGGUCUUGCCCCCAGCCUACCCACCUCCGCCAGUUCCUCAUGUCAGAAAAGCUGCCUACUCAGAAUCCAGGGCACAUUCCUUUGCUGGCAAAUCUACUGUGCCAGUACCACCACCGCCUCCUAAGAGAAGCUUACCCAAUAUCAAACUAGAGGAUGACUUAAACGUGAGAGAACCCCAGUUACAGUGCCGAGCUGAACCUAACCUAAAGGUUCAAUCCUCAAGCCGGAGACUAAGUGAACAGCUGCCCCCUGUGCCCCCUCUGCCUCCUUUCAAAAAGCCUGUGUGUGUCAAAGAUUCUGCCUCAUUGCCUCCAGAGCCUCUGCCGCUACCUCAAGUUCUUCCUACCCCAGAAGGAUGCGAGAAGCUGAAAACCUUAAACCUUUCACAGCGAACUCCUCCUCCACUACCAAGCAGUAAACCCAAGCUGUCACAGUUUACUGACAAACCAGCAGAGCCCAAAAUGCCAAGAGAACAUGGUAAACCUGGGCUGUUUGUGCCACCAGUGCUUCCAAAGCCACCUGUGCCAAGCCACCAGCCCCCUGCAAUCAAGCCUAGAUCAGAGAAGUCUUCAGGUCCCCAGUUACAGAGAUCACCACCAGAUGGACAGAGUUUUAGAAGCUUCUCAUUUGAAAAACCCGCACUACCCUCCAAGCCAAACCAACCUGAUGAUGAUUCUGAUGAUGACUAUGAGAAAGUUGGGCUGCCUGCUUCCAUAUUUCUUAAUACCUCUGAAUCCUUAGAAGUUGAAAGGACAUUUAAAGCUAGUAGCCCUCGGGGACAACCACAAAACGGAUUGUACUGUAUUAGGAACUCAUCUACUAAGCCUGGAAAGGUAUUGGUUGUAUGGGAUGAAUCUGCAGAAAAAGUGAGAAACUACAGAAUCUUUGAAAAGGAUUGCAAGUUUUAUCUGGAUUCAGACAUCAUGUUUUUGAACAUGGGAAGUUUGGUUGAAUACUACAGCACCCACGUCUUACCCAGUCAUGACAGCCUGAUUCUUCGGUGUCCUUAUGGUUACUCUAAACCAAGGUGACAUGACUGACAGAAUUCACUGACGCUUAGGACAAAUCGUUUCCCUGCUGCCCUUGAAUUAAAUGUGGGCUCCUACCACUGUUGGAAUCCCGUUGUUUGCACACAGAAACUGAGUCUGUUUCAACCAUUUAUUCUCACAUGAGUUGGAUAUAGACUCAUUUUAAUGAACUCUUGGUAAAACCUUACAGCCCAGAUCAGUGGAUUUUACGGUCUUUUCUUUUAAAAAGAUCUCAACUGAUUACGCUGUGAAAGCUGUCCAUGAUACCUACACCUUUUAUAAAACUGCUGCUAUUACUAAUCUCCGUGGAAUGUGGAAGAAGCGGUCUGAAUACAGUCAAUACAGAAGGGGGUAACUUCUGAACGUAUAUCAGAAUUCACUUGUGACAGGGAAUACUAAUACUCUGACUUGAAAGUAUCACUCCUUAAGUCAGCACUGGUGCUCAACUGAGAGUCUUUGUAUUACUUGUAUAGUUGACGUGUAAAUGAAGACUUCUGUGCAAAUAAUUUGGUUUACUGUAGGUAAAGAUAGUCGGGGAGUGUGGCUUUUUUUUAAGCCACCUCAUAUGCAAAUGUAACUUCUGAUUACGGUGUCUGCAGUAAUCAGUAUCAGGGUACUAUCCAACUGAUAGAGUUGUGGCAUCCCCUGUGUCACUUAAUGACGUGCACUUCAGGUAGGUGUGGAAUAAUAUUGACUUGGCUUUAUUGGGAGCCCCAUUCCUUAGUUUUGAACUGGAAGGGUAGAUGCCACUAGUGUUUUUACUAGGAAAGAGAAAGGACUACUUAAGAUCAAGGGGGAAGGGAGGGAUGAAAUCUUCUAAAUCCCCCAAAUUCUGAGUAGCAGUUUUCUCUCACAUUGCCAUCAUCAAAGGUUCUUUAAAACAAAACAACAGAAAAAUGAAACCAUAAGUGUGAUGCUAUCACGCCAUAAAACUCUAUGGCCCGUCUUUUAGAAUCAAGUUGUCAGCCCAGCUCUAAGGCAAAACAUACUGUCCUGGUCUACUUCUUGUAGAUCACCAAAAAUUUGUCCAUUAUUAAAAUCACUACUUAGUUUAGUUUCGUGCAAAAAAAACUAUUAAAAAAAAAAUCUGUUUUUAACAUACUGUCAGCACUAUCAGACUAUUGGUGAUGGGCAUUAGCAGGGUGAUUGUAAGAUAUGUUCCCUGAUAUUUUGGGGACAGGUAUCCUAAAACCAAGGGCUUGAUAUUUAUGCCAAAAUUACCCUAUUCCUAAAUUUUAAUAAAGAGGAUAAAUUUGUUUUAAUGACCUGUUAAGUAACUUUGUUGCCUCAAAAGUACUGUUAUAAUGGUCUUAUAUCUCUAAUAAUGUUUACAAGACUUGUAAAAAUAUUUUUUUUUAAAUCCUGUCACUCCUGAAACAGGAGGAAGUAUCUGAUGUCUGUCAAUCUGAGUCUGUAUCCAUAAACUUCAUUUUUGCUGUUACCUUUUCAAAGUUUAUACAUGUCAGGUUUAAUCUUGUUACAGUUAGAUGGUCACAACUUUAAAAACAUAAACAAAACCAUUACAGAGUAAGAAUUUUCUGUUUAUGAAAACAGCAGACCAGGAUUUAAUCCCUAGGGGAUUUUCCUUAAUUAAACAGAUGUAGUAUUAGGACCAUGCGUAGGAAUCAAGGCAAGAAACUCUGCCUUUGUCUUUUGUAAAACACAAACACAGUAUCAGUCUUCUGAUCUCUGUUCCCACUGUAAUAGGUUUUAUGUGCAUGAAGAAUAGGCAGUACUUAACUUCAGAUUCUGUUGAAUAUUGGAUAUUUUUAAGAUUCCAAUUCCUUUUAUUUUGAAUGAGUAUCCCUGUGGUUCACUGCCCUGUUACGAUCUCGUCUGUAAAGAAGGCUCAGCCAUUUUAAAAGAUAUUUUUGGCAUAUAGAUAUAUGUAUAUCAGAGCAAGUUCUAGGAUCUUGCAGUAUUUACAUAUACUGUUUACAGAGUAAAUUCUUCUCUGUCUGGGAAUAAUUGACUUCAUUGUGUUUUGACAGUCAUACUUACAGUAUGCUAUCAUUGUGGCCCUAUUUAGAUGUCAUAAUUUUGUUUGCAACCACAUACUCUUAAGAUUUUUAAACCAUAAAAAUACUUGUGUAAUCAAAUACAUAUAAAACAUCACACUGUCUUUAUCUGUGUAAUACAGUAUUUGCAAAUAUGUAAAAUGUUGUGUUAAUUUCCUUUUUUAUAUAAAUGUAUAUAUUUCUGAAGUGGAUAAACUUUCAAUGCCAGUUCACCUGA